GCCGUGAAUAGUGUUUCCUAUUUCUCAAAACAGAAGAGGGCCAUAGUGAUGUCGAAAACAUGAGGCCUGACCAGCACAAACAGAAAAAAAGUCAGCAAUAUAAAAAGAAACAUGGAAUUCCUACCAAAGGCAAAGAGCACAAAGAAAACAAAGGACAAGAACAUGGAACGAAGAAAACGGAAUCACACUUGAAUCAUCAGAAAGAAGAUUUUACAGAUGUGAGUGAUUCUGAAGAACUUGACAGUGUUUCUAAGCCUUUAUUUCGACGGAGAAAACUUGCCAGUAAUUGGGAUCGUUAUGCUCCUUUACCACCAGAAGAUGAAGAUGAUGUGAAACCUCAGCAGAUUGGUGUUGACUUUGUAAGCUUGCUCAGUCAAACAGCUGAUUCUUUGUCACAGUUUCGAUUUAAAGAUGAAAAAGAAUGGGAAGAUGAGAAAUCAAUUAAUUCAAGUGUUGUUGCCUUAAAUUGUGAAAAGCUUGCAGAAAGCCUUCAGUGCAUACCACUCCAUGAGCGGCUUGCUCUUCCUGUUUCAUUAUUCAGUCCAGAUCAGAUUGAUGCUUUCUGUACUGCAGCAGCUGCCGAGGAAGCCAAAUAUGUGCCAGAUUCUGGCAGUACCAUACUUCAAGAGUCACUGCCUGUAUUUAGUCAUAAAACAAUUGAGACUAUAUUAUCAACUGGAUUUCAGGUUCCUGAAACUGAUGAGAAAUGGCACAUUGAUCUGAAACAUUGUAUUGAAACCACAGGGGAAACAGAUCUAAAUGAGAAUCAAGAUAAAUCUGCAAAUAUAGUCGAACCAAAACAAACUUCUAAUGAGAAUGACUGUAAAACUUCUGACAUUGUUCUAACGCAGUGUGAGACUGAAGUUGAUGCACUUUUAUCAAUGGGCAGUUCGAAAACAGAUGUAAAUAUGGGCAAUCAGCAAUUAAUGCAGAAUGAUACAUCCUGUAAACAAUCCAAGGAUGAAGAAUUAGCACAGAUUAACGGCCCAGAAACUUUACCUAAGAAAACGGAAAAGCAAUAUGUUAGUGCUGCAACAUCUUCAUUGGAAGAUUGGCUCGACAGUGUACUGGAUGAUUAGCUAUGUGUUUUUGUUGCUGUUGACUUGAAAAAAAUACUCAGAAUAAAAGACAUAUCUAUUGAUAGCAGAUUUCAUUAGAAGAUAUCACUAAUAUGCUGACUCAAUUCUUUUCACUGGUACCAAAAAGAAA